CCGCUUCUCUGUAGAGAACUUCUCUGGGACAGUUUGCUUCUGCAGGCCUCAGAGAGAAAGCCACUUUCUCCUUAAUCAGAGUGCUAGUUUUCUCCACCCGCUACAUCCACCCUCUGUUGCAUCCCCCAGUGCAGAAACAAUUGUUGGUUGUCGACUGGAUGUAUUUGGCUGAAUAACAGAUCAAAGACAGGGGCUUGCUUUGGUGGUUCUCUCUGGGGGUUGCAAAGUUGCAGUCAGGACCGAGACGAAUAGCGGGAGGAGGUGGUGGAGGAGGAUGGCGAUGGCUCUGGAAGAAGUGUGGGGCCGAGUGAAGAAUGUCUGCAAGCAGAAUGGACUGCUCAUCCUGUCUGUGCUGGCUGUGGUCAUCGGCUGCCUGCUGGGCUUCUUCCUUAGAGGCAAGCAGCUCUCCGAGCAGGAGGUGAAGUACUUCCAGUUUCCUGGAGAGCUGCUUAUGAGGAUGCUGAAAAUGUUAAUCUUGCCUCUUGUUGUUUCAAGUUUGAUGUCAGGUCUAGCUGCCCUGGACGCCAAGUGCUCAAGUCGCUUGGGCAUCAUGACUAUUUCCUACUAUUUGUGGACCACCUUUGUUGCCGUUGUAGUGGGCAUCCUCAUGGUUUACAUCAUACACCCAGGUGGCGCUGCCCAAAAGGAGGACUCUGAGGACAGCAAGAAACCAAUGACCAGUUCUGCUGAUGCUCUGCUCGACCUCAUACGCAACAUGUUUCCAGCCAACUUGGUUCAAGCAACAUUUCAACAGUAUCGAACACAGAGAGUUGCAGAACUGAUUCCCAAACCAACAGUGGCCCAGCUCCUGGAUGAGACCACCACACGGCGGGUCUACAUCUAUGGCGUCCAGGACGACAACGGCACAGACAUUCAGAACUUCUCCUUGGAUCUCACGCCCCCUCCUGACGUCAUUGUGAAAACAUCGCCUGGUACCAGCGAAGGCAUGAACGUGCUGGGGAUUGUUAUUUUUUCUGCAACUAUGGGAAUAAUGCUGGGAAGAAUGGGACCCAAUGGAAGUGCUUUGGUCAACUUUUGCCAGAGUUUGAAUGAGGCAGUUUUGAAGAUUGUUGCCAUCGUCAUUUGGUAUUUUCCCUUUGGUAUUGUCUUCCUCGUUGCCGGUAAGAUCUUAGAAAUGGAUGACCCUUCAGCCAUGGGGAAGAAAUUGGGCUUUUACGCUAUCACCGUGGUAAUGGGCUUAGUGCUGCAUGGCCUAUUCAUCCUCCCUGCCAUGUACUUUUUCAUCACGAAGAAGAGUCCCAUAGUGUACAUCCGAGGCAUUCUGCAGGCUCUGCUUAUCUCCCUAGCCACCUCCUCCAGCUCUGCCACGCUGCCUAUCACCUUCAAGUGCCUCCUAGAGAACAACCACAUCGACAGGCGCAUCAUCCGUUUCGUGCUGCCGGUGGGAGCCACCAUCAACAUGGACGGCACUGCUCUCUACGAGGCGGUGGCAGCCAUCUUCAUUGCCCAAGUGAAUAAUUAUGAGCUUGACUUCGGGCAGAUCAUCACCAUCAGCAUCACUGCCACAGCCGCCAGCAUCGGUGCGGCUGGAAUCCCACAGGCUGGACUUGUUACCAUGGUGAUCGUGUUGACCUCUGUGGGUUUACCAACCGAUGACAUCACCCUCAUCAUUGCUGUUGAUUGGGCCCUGGAUCGAUUCAGGACAAUGGUCAAUGUGAUGGGCGACGCUCUGGCCACAGGCAUCAUGGCUCAUAUCUGCAGGAAGGAUUUCAUCAAAGAGGCGGAGCAGGUGCCCCUGAUAUGUGAAACCAAACCCAUGAUAAGCAUCCAGCAGAUGAUGACGUACCAGAACCAGAAAAACGGCUGCUACCAGCCCCCACCGGGCAGCAGGCAGGAUCACCUCUCUCCAGACGUGGCUCGCCUGAUCCAGCUGGAGGAAGGCAUUCGGCCGGUGGAGAAAAAGAAGCACGGCCACGGCCCUCAUCAUAAGAGAGAGCACAGAGACAAGGACCACUGUUCUGUUGACAUGAAUGGCCUGGAGACGAAUGUAUAAAUGCAGUAGCUAAUCCCGACAGCUGCCGGUCCGUCUACUGCUGCUGAACAGUUCAGACAGGCAGAAGCAGAGGGGACUGCUCCACGUUCACACUGUUCCCCUCUGAGGAGGAGACAAACCAAGAGUGGAACCAGAAGAAAAAACAGACUUUGUUUUCUACAUAACCUAUACGAUGAUCCACAUUAUAUUACUGAUGUUUAUGUGUGUAAAUAUUUAUCAAAGAAGUAAUAUUUAGUAGCAGCAGUGACAGCAUGCUGCUCUUUAAACAAAGCAUGCUUUUGCAGAAAGACUCACAAAGAGCGGAUGAAAUAAGAACAAUGCAAAAGUGAAGCACAAGAAUGUGUUGGAUAAUAAUUAAAGACCGGAUUCUUCUGUGUACAUCAACCCAAAAGCAUCAAUUUAUAGAUCUGUUUAUUUGUUAUAUAUCUGGAAGGUUUUAGCAUAAUAUUAACUGGAUUUUCUAUACUUAUUUUAUUCUUCCUCUGACUAUUCAUGGCCAUUCCAGAAAAUGUUAUCUCGUUAACUAAAACGUAGUUAAGCAUGCAUACAAAAAGGACAGCAUGGGCCAAAAAACAGGAUCAUAAAGCAGUGAUACUCAUAUCCAACUGCAUGGUAAAAAAAUACUUGUGAACCUUUUUCCUCAACUUCUCUGCCUUGUUGUCCUGAGAACCCUUCCUGCAUCAAUGCAAAACAAAAGCUUGAAUGCUGACUUACAUAUCUCAGAUUAUUUUCUGCAACUCCCUCUAACCCUCUUUGCCUUAAAUGACCAAAGGAGAAGCUUUUGACUCCCAGCAAAUCUGCUACAAUACUCUGAAAUAGCUCAGAAAGCCAACCCACAAUUACCGGCCACACUCAGUUCCUGUCUGAUGUAGAUUUUAAUUUCAGUUAUCUUCAGUUUCCAUUUAGUGUUUAAGUGCAAAUCUACAAAAAUAUACAGCUGUGAUCCAAAUAACAGCAGUUCAAGACGUAGCAGAGUAAUAGAAAAUCAACAGAUCCAACAGUCAUGAUAUUUAUGGUACUGAUUCUGUGUAAUCGGAUCAUUAAUCAAAAAGGGUGUGUUCAAAACAAUAGCAGUGUGGAGUUCAGUCAUUCAUUUCAGGAACUAGCAGAUGUCAAACAGGUGGACCAUGUUUAAGGACAAAGGUAGCAGAUAUUUUACAUGAUGGUCAUAGUGCUUGCCUCUCUCUAAAAUGGGUCAUUCCAAUUAAUGAAAGCGCACUUUAAUUAAAAAGUUACUUUGACAGAGGAAAGCAUAAAUUAGUGUAAAAAAUGCUUAGUUGCCAGGAGUACUUUUGUUGGAAAAAAAUUACAUGGGCUGAAGAGGUUACAAUUUGCCAAAGAACACACUGACUCGACUAAAGAGAAACAGUGCAGCAUUAAGUUGGCGAAUGAAACCAAGAUUGUUCGUUUUUCAGUCUAGGGCCAUAGUUUGUCAGAUGAAACCCUAAACACUGAAUUCAAGCCAAAUGUUCACAGUGAAGCACGGUGGCUGAGACAUCAUCAUACUAUAGUGUUAUUCCUAUUUAUCACAUGCCAAUGAUCGCGGCUCAGUUUGAAUAUAAAAAUAACACUUGAGGCGGUUUGGUUGACUAAUGCUGUAAAGAAAAUAGGUUUUAAUAAGACAAUGAUCCCAGACACACCAUUAAGUCAGUUGCAUCUUGGUUCCAGACUAACGGGAUCAUCAUUACGGAGCAGCUGGCUCAGUCCCUUGACAUUACUCUAACAGAAAACACCAAACACAGUUUCUCAGGUAAAACCAAGAAAUACUGAGGAAGUGUGGAAUGCAGACUAAUUGUCCUGGACUGGAAAACCUGUUUACAGGUUCCUGAAGUUAGUUGACUCCAUGUAACACAGAAGUGAAGCAGUUUUGAAAGUUACAACCAAACUUUAGUUCAGAAGUUCACAGGAAAGCUAAAUCUUCAGGCAUUUUUAGUUUAGACUUUGGAAAGAAAAACCUUCACACUACUAGUUUUUUGUUUUUUUUCACACAGCGUAAUAGUACUUUUUUCCCUCAGUUUUUGUGGUGUGAGAACAAAUUAGAUUUUUAUUCAUGUUUUGAUUUAACAUAGACUGUGCAGAGUUCUCAAUGCUUUUGCAGAUAUGGAAUAAAAGCUAUUCUGAAGAUAUUAAGCAUCAUUCACUUGUUUUAAACACUGCUUUUAGCUCCAUAAAGGCAAAGAAUGGAAAAAUAUAAAAACCCAAAUACUGUUUGAAGGCAGACAGUUGUAUAAGCAACUGAUGCAGAUAUGUCUCACAAAUGAUACUAAUUAAAAAGGAUUUUGACUUCUGCUUGAUUAAAAGCAGUAAAAUAUUUAACAUUGGAUGUUUCAAACUGGUUUAAUUUUUUUGAAACUGUGUGGACUGAGCUAAAUUACAUUUUAUGUAAUCUGCACACUCUGAACCCUUUUGGACAGGGACAUGUUUGACUCUCCUUUAACACAGUAAGCAUUAAAGUAGUGUAGUUAUAAAUGCAGAUUGAGUUUUUAAAACGAGAUGUGGUCACUUUGAAAGUCAAGAUGUUCAUUUCUAAUUUAGCUCCUGGAGAAGUUCUCCAAAAAAUUAAAAAUUCAGCUUUACACUCACCUUAGUAGGUGAUGUUGGCGAAUACUGACCACAGGGAGGGGAAGCUUCAUCCAGUGGGAAUGGGUACAUGUCUAAACAGAUGAUGACUCGAUUACUUUUGCAUGUUAGACUUGGACCUUGCAUUGGAGGAUGAAGCGAAAGUUUGUGCUCACAGGUCACUUUUUAUGAGGGUGUCCCAGAGCAUCGACUGUGAUUUCCAUUUCAGAAUAAUGUCUGAUCUUAUUUCAAUGUUGCCUAUGGGCUAAAAUAAAACAAAAUCACA